AUAAAAAUAAAAUAAAAUUACAAAGCAAAAUGAUGUCGCUGCGUUGAGCAAAUGAGUAGUGUAAUGUUAUCUUCUUCCUCUUCCUCCAUGGCUCUCCAUCGCCUGCUCCGACCCGCUCCCAUCCUUUCUUUCUCCUUCCUUAAGCAAUCUCUCUCUCUUUUCCCCCAUCAAACGACGUCACUUCAUCCCAUCACCAACAAUUCUCCUUCCUUCUUCCCCUCUCUUCGGACCCAUACAUCAAUCUUCCUUCGUUCUAGAACUUUCUCGAACCUUCCAAUUAGCUGUACUUCUCAAGCUCUCUUGGAAUCUUCUGAGGAUGUGGAAGACGAGGAAAUUGUAAAAGAAAAUGAAGAAGUUACUGCCCCCAGGCCUAGUGAGUCUGAGAGAAAAAUAUUAAGGGCGAAAUUGCCGAACCUGACUGUGAAGGAGAAGAAAGAAUUGGCAUCGUAUGCACAUAGUUUAGGGAAGAAGCUAAAGAGCCAACAGGUUGGCAAAUCUGGUGUUACUGAUACUGUGGUAAUGGCUUUAGAGGAGACUCUUGAAGCUAAUGAGCUUCUCAAGCUCAAAAUACAUGGUACCUGUCCCGGAGGAGAGCUGGAUGAUGUUGUAAAGCAUUUGGAGGAAGCAACUGGCUCAGUGGUUGUUGGUCAAAUUGGUAGGACUGUGAUUCUCUACCGUCCAAGCCUGACAAAAAUGAAAGCUGAAGAGAAGAAGAAACAGGCUCAAAUUCUUUUUUUGAAAAAACAAAAACAAUAUGCAGAGAGGCGAUCAUUUCAGGUCAUCUUUCAUUUAUCUAGAUUCUUUUAUAACACUGGUUUCCUAGCUAAGCUUUUGUGCAACUCUCACUAUUUUACUGGGUUCCACUUAUACACCGGGUACAUGCUACUUCCACCUAUGGACAUGUACGAAGUAAUUUACCUAAGGCGGCUUUGGACAAAUGAGCACCUUUUGUCCAUAUUAGAAUUUUGAAUUGGUUUCCUACUGUUUUUAUCAAGUUCAAUGAC